AACAUGCAAACCAGCAUGAGCGCGAUGCAGAGAUCAGCUGAUAGUCCGUACAGUAACGUGCAUAACUGUCUUUUUCGCGCCAAUUUAUUUAUCGUCAUUAUUUAUUCCUUGAUUUGGUCGACCCUUGUCCGCAUUUUGCACAUUGCCAAGGCCAUUGAACAGGUUUCGUGCGAUACUUAUGCGGCCUUGGGUAGUCUAUUUGGACUUGUUAAAAGGAAGCUGUGUCAUUUCUCGCAUUUGCUUGCGUAGGGCCGUAUGUGCUUGUGCGUUAGGCGCGUGUACACCGGUUACAACAUUGUAGACAACUAAGUGCAUGGAAGUGAAGUGCGUCCGCCUUGGGAUGCACUGGUGUAUUUUAUAGGAGUGCAAAUUUUUUUACUCCUUUGUCAGCAGACUUGUCUUGUGCACACUUUGGAAGGCUUAAGUUACCAGCCGAGAUGUCGCUCUACGACGACGUGGACACGGGCAUGGACAAGAAGUCAGACCGGGUGCCUGGCUGGGGCAGCUCUAACAUGAAGCUGCUGCAGUCGCAGCUGAAGCUGCGGAAGGCGGCCAUCGGGCAGCCGCGCCGCGACCUCGUGCGCCGCGGCAACGUGCUGGCGCCCGUUAUCGACCUCAAGGGCAAGCGGGACGACGACGACGUGCCGCCGGCCACUGCUGUCAUGGCCAUGCCUGGGCUCGGCCAAAGAGGCGGAUUAAGGGGUCCUACGCAGUUCAUAUCGUUCGGGCCAGAUUCCGAUUUUAAGAAUGAAUAUGAUCCGCUGAAGCCCAAUGAUUAUGAGAAGGUUGUUAAAGAGAUCCGACGUAAGAAGGAGCAGGACCGGGAGCGCGAGCGUCGUGAGCGGGAGCAGACGGCGCCGCAGCGCGGCCUGGUGGGCAACUACAGCGACGACGAGGCGGAGGAGGAGGAGCGCAAGCGCAGCAGCUCGGUGGGCGUGGCCAUCGCGCCACCGACGGCGCUGCAGGAUCGGUCGGCAUCGCCUCCGCUGCUGGCCGGCCUCGGGCCGCGGCCGCCCUCCUCCGGCGGCGGUGGCAGCAUCGCCGCGCAGAUCAUGGCCAAAUACGGAUACAAGGAGGGCCAGGGCCUAGGCAAGGCGGGCCAGGGCAUCGCGCGCGCGCUGGCCGUCGAGAAGACGUCGAAGCGCGGCGGUCGGAUCAUCCACGAGCGCGAAGUGCCGGGGCCGGGCACGCCGCCGGGCGCCGACCUGAUGCCGCCGCCGCCGCCACCGCCCGCCCAGCCUACGAUGGCCGACAUUCUGCGCAACCCUACCAAGAUCGUCAUGCUCCGGAACAUGGUGGGCGCCGGCGAGGUGGAUGACGAGCUGGAGGCCGAGGUGAAGGAGGAGUGCAGCACGAAGUACGGCGAGGUGGUCAAAGUCACCAUCUUGGAGGUGGCCGGUGCCCAGGAUGUCGAGGCCGUCCGGAUCUUCGUCGAGUUCAAACGAGUGGAGAACUCAAUCAAAGCGCUGGUCGACCUGAACGGCCGCUUCUUCGGCGGACGGCAGGUGAAGGCCCGCUUCUACCAGCAGGACCACUACGACGAGCUGGAGCUGAACGAACCGGUGCCGUGAACCUUGGCAGCCGAUCGUCACCACUGUUUAUCACAUGUUUCUCUCAUCGUCGUCGCCUGGUGGCGAGCCGCCGCCCGCGUAAUACAACGGAAAACGCUAGAAAGCCCUGUGUAUCUGGCGCCACGCAGAGGGGCACUGCCGGAGCCUGACGGGGGCAGGUGGUCUGCUCUGUUAUCUGAAUCGUAGGUUUUGAGCAAUUCCACAGGCAGUUUGCAUGUGUUUCCACCCAUGCUGUCACUGGUGCCACCACUCGCACACCUGACAAAUUCACCA